CUUUCCGAAAGGAACGGGAGGGUUGGGAAGGGAAGUGGAUAAUUGUACAGAAUAACGGCGGCUUCGAAUUCCGCGUGUGCCCGCUUCUGAGCCUCAUCCUUAUCCUGCAUUGUAGGAGCCCGCAGGCGCGGGGCGGGUGCGAUGAGACAAGAUUUUAAUGAAAUUGCUGAGCCUGAGUUAAUCAACUGCCUGAAGUGUAUAAGAAAGAAAAUAUAUUUAUGGAACCAAAUCUUCAGGAUACCUGUGAGGCUGAUACAGAAGAAGCACAAAAAACGUCUGUGUCAAUUGAAGCUGGUCAAACCCCUGCAAGAUCAACAGCCCACAUAAGUAAUGAUGGAUUGGGACCUUCAACCAGUGAUUUUCACAUGGGGAACCCUGCUGAGAGCGAUGUCUGUUUGGAAAAAGAAGCCAUUAAUGUAUUUGGCUUCAUUGAAAAAGACCAUGACAGUUUAAAGUUAAUUGGCAAUACUAACAAGAAUUCUUCCUUUAUAUCUGCAGCAUCCAUACAAGUUUCUAAACCAGUGGUUGAUAUUAAAACAUCAGGGCGAGCAGCAACUAAUGACAAAAGCCCACAAAAAAGCAAAAGACUACUUGUCUCUGACCUAAAAUUAACAACUGAUCUUUUUACUACAGAUGUGAUAGCGUCUGCAGAUGAAAACCAUCAAAUGUUUGAUACAACCCUUUUACAGCAAAGUGCUAACAUCAAUAAGGAGAAGUCUAAAUCUGCAAAUCUCAGUUUACAAUCUACAGAGUGUAAUUCCACUGUGAGUAAGAGUACUGUCGUAUGUUCCGCAAUCGCUUCAAAAGAUACCAGUCUCCAUCCCAACACUCUGGUAGUUUCAGAGCAGCAUACUUGUGAGAUAGAAGGCCAACAGAGAAAAGGGGGAAAAGAUUCGCUAAUUGAUCACUUACAGCAUUCUCAUCUGCAGCAGAAUGUUUUAACUUUGAAUGAGUCUGGAAUCAAGUUUUGUCUAGCUCCUGAUCCAUUAUUUGUACAGCAAAAUGCAGACAAAAGACAGCAGCUGUACAAAAAAGAACGAAAUAAUCUGAUGGAUAAUCCAGGAGUGGACCUUUGUGAUAUAUCUGUGAAUGGUUGUCCUGGUGAAACAGAUGCUCAUUCUGUGAACAUCCCUAAGAAACGAGGAAGAAAGCCUAAAAUUGCAGUGGUUGCAAUUGCAAAAGGAAUUCCCAGUCAUGGCAACACUCAAAAUGGUGGCCCAGAAGUGGGAAAUCUUGAACCAGUGCUGAUUACAAAGAAACAAGCAAGAAAAUCUAAAAAUACAAAAGUGCUGUCUCUUGAAGGAACAGUGUCACAAACGUCAAAAGGAGAUUGUGAUGUUGUUGUGAGUGAUGAUAAAUUUGAAUUGGGAGGUCCUCAACCAGCCAAUAUCCCAAAGAAAAGAGGAAGAAAACCUAAGAAUGCAAAAAUAACAUCAAUUGAAAGAGUAGUGCAGCAAAUGCCAUCAAAGCAGAUUUGUGAUGAUGCUAUAAAUAAUAGUAACAAUGAAAUGGGAAUUCGUGAACCAGUGAAGAUCCUGACAAAACGAGGAAGAAGACCUAAGAAUGCAAAAGUAGUGUUUGCUGAAAGAGUGCUGCAGCAGACUCCAAAGGCUGGUGGUGAUAUUUCUGAAAAUCGUGAUGUCACAGAGAUUGAUGUUCUACCACCAAUGCAGAUACCUAAGAAGAAAGGAAGAAAACCUAAAAAUAAGAUGGUGUCCCAAGAAGAGAGUACAGAUACCCAUGGGCUCUUGAAGCCAAUUGUCCAGAGAUUAUUGGAAGAGAGCAGUGCUGAGAAUGAACUAACAGCAAGUGGUCGACCAAAAAGGAGGGCGGCCAGAGCUGCCUUGCUUUACCUACAUGAAAUAGUAGAGCAAAUAAAAUCACCUUCUUAUAAGGUAGAUGAUGUGGCUGGCAAUAUAAAUGAUAGUGAGCCAGACCAUUCUCUGGAUCAAUCGUUGUUUCAACCUCCAUCUUCCCCGAAACGAAGAAAAGGAAGGAAGAGGCAGAAGAUCAGUGUUUUUGAUGACCUGUCAGAUGACAAAGAUUUUGUGAUCUCGGAUGAAAUAACUGAUGACGAAGAGGUUGAGGACGAAGAACUUAAUGAAAUCGAGCCAUCCAGUGAUGUUUCUGAGUCUGACCUAGAUGACUUUCAAGAUGGCGAAGGUCAUAAACAAAGAAGGAGUCCAAUAAAUAAAAGAUCUUGCAGUACAAAACGUCGGCUAUUUGGAAAUUUCGCUAAUGGCCUCCCAAAUACUAUAAUGGUACCAGUGUGGGAAGCUACAACAAUUACAAGAAAACAUCGAGAGGAACAUCACUCCCCAUGGGUGUUUCCACAUUGGAUACCUUUAAUGCAGGACUGGAGCUUCCUUUCACAAAGUGAAUCACUUAGAUAUUUGCCCAAUGAAGGAAUCUCACCAUUGUUUAAAGUUAGAAGGGAAGGUCUUCGAGAAAACUCUGUAAUUCAGAGACUGAGAAGAUUCCAGUCACUACCUGCUCAUAAGGAUCGCUGGGAUAUAAACUUCUUUGUAGGUGGUCCUGUAUGGUGUAUGGAGUGGUGCCCAACCCCAGAGGGUUCAGCUGCUUGUCAGUAUGCAGCUAUUUAUUGCAAUAAAAGAAUGGAUGAUAGGCAUAAACUGAUGGAGCAGUAUGCAGAGCCAACAUUACUUCAGAUUUGGCAACUGGGAGACCUCCAACAGGAGCACUGCCCUCAAGUGAAUGCUGCUUUAGCUUAUGGUAUUGCCACAGAGUACGGUUGCAUUUGGGAUAUGAAGUGGUGUCCCAGUGGUGCAUGGGAACUGCCAGAAACCACUAGAAAGAUUCCUCAGAUGGCGAGGCUUGGUGUGCUAGCAGCUGCAUUUUCCAGUGGAAAGGUUGUCGUUUACAGUUUACCACACCCCGAGUGUCUAAAUAUGUACAAAACGAAGUGUUCAAAAGCUUCGUCUACUAAAGGGCCAAUAAUAUGCAAGGUUCAAUGUACUGUAAUUCUGGAGAUUGGCUCAGUCCAGUUUAGUGGUUCUGCACAAUGUGGACAAUGUUUCUGUCUUGACUGGAUGCCAGUUGGUGAACAUGAAUAUUUGGCAGCAGGUUUUUAUGAUGGUACAGUUGCUCUUUGGAAUUUGAAUACAACAUCAUUACUGUUACGAGUCCAGCAAGGAGAUGGAACUUUGAGGGUCUAUCCUUUCCACUCCUUUGUUGCACAUGACCAUGCUGUCAAAGCCAUUGCUUGGAGUAAAGCUCACAGCAACUUUCUAGUGACAGCUAGCCCUGAUAGGAAGAUCAAGUUCUGGGAUCUCAGAAGAACAUACCAACCAAUCAAUGAAAUCAAGCGUUAUUUGAACACAGAAGUUGCUUGGUUGCUUCCGUGGUGUGGAGUUAUGGUAGCACAGGAAAAUUGCUAUGCUGCGUUUGGACUCAGUGGAAUUCACUAUGUAGAUGCUGGUUUUCUUGGAUUUAAGCCGUAUUUUGCUGCACCAAGAGCAGGAACAGUAUGGAGUAUUUCUGGCUCUGAUUGGUUGAAUACCUGUGUCUCCGGAGAUAACACAGGAGAGGUGAUGGCGGUAAUCCUCCCAGAUUGUAUGAACAACACAAUGAAUAUCAAGCGACCUAAUGAACGCCGUUUUUCUGUUUAUAAAGCUGACCUCAUUCAUCACAGUGCUGCUAGUAACAUGUCAGCCUCCUGCUCACAUCAACAAGAGAAAGAGGCCAAUGUAGAAAAGCAUUCUUCUGAAAUGGAGAAGGAAGACUCAACUUCCAGCCCUGUCAUUGAACCAAAGACUUACAGUGAUACGGUGAAGAAAUACUACCUAAUGUUUGAUGAUACUGACCUGAGGAGUUUCAAGAACAUGGUUUCCAGAGAGCCUUUUAAAAGAAUACAAAAGGUAGACAAAGCAAAAACACAUCCUGACCGAAUGCCACUGGAAUCUGUAUACAAGGUUCGUUUCAAUCCCAACCUUGACGCUCAUGGAUGGGUCCUUUCAGCCGGGCAAUCCGGGAUUGUCCGAGCACACUGUGUGCAGAGUCUUAAUACACAUGUGAGCAAGAAACUGAUCAAGGAAUGUCAAGCACAAUUCAGUUUCAUGUUCCAACCUACAGAAGCUGAAGCUGUUGAGAAUUCCAUUAUCCAUUCUAUUUCACAGAAUGUAAACACGUCAGUGCAAACAAAAUAAUGUGUAUCAACAUGUCUGGAGGAUAUAAGGACAUCACUCUACUGACAUGCCAUUACAAUAAAUUUUCCAUGCAAAAAUACAGUAGUGAUGUGACUCCUACCUACUAGAUUCAACCAGGGCACAAUAACUGAACAUGGAAUAGGUAUACAUGUCUGCCAAUUCAGCAGUGUAUGUUUUUCUAAAAAUUUAUUGUACAGAAGAAAUAUGUCUUAAUUAAGUGUGUUACUGAAAAUCAAUCUAUUGAAUCAGAUACAUGGAUUUUCAGAUGAAGUAUGCAAACUGAACUGCUUCUUUUACUCUCAUAAUUUUCAAUUCUGCUGUAAAAUUGAGGAACGUAAUUGUAGUCCUAAGUAUGCUAUUAUGCCUUCCUUGAAUCAUCUUGAAUUGUAGGGUUUUUUUACUUUUUUGAGCAAAGCUUAGAGACUAAUGUGGUCCACACGAACUUGUGUCUGGUUUCACAAGAUUGACUUUAGGCAGAUUUUUAACUGCUAAGAAAAGUUUUACAAAACCAUAGUUGUUAAAAUCAUGAAAUGUAGUAGACUUUUAUUUACAGGUUGCUUUUAUUUCAAAGUGAUGCAAAAGCAGUGGUCCUUGUUUUACUAUUUGUUGACUUGAGCCAGUGCCUCCAAUUUAUGGCCUGGCAUGAGGUAUUCAAGAUUCUUCUGUGGUACAAAUUAAAAUAUCACUUCAUGUAAAUGACUGGGAUUUUCACUCUUAGAGAUGGUUUUGUAAUUGGUGGCCACUUGGUGCUUUAGUAUAAGUAAACAACAGAUCAGAUUGGUAUUUCGGGCAAAAAGCAGAUUUGGAGUUUACCUAGAAAACAUGUUACCUGGGUUAAAUUGUUUUUUGUCUGCUACAUACAGAAUCCUAGUGAUUUAUAAUACUGACUGAAUUUAACUGAAAUAAAAUUGCAUUUGGUUGUAAAUAAGUUAAUUCUUUCUCUUGUCCUAAAUGUAAUUGGAAGUGUAAAGUGCGAAGUCAGUUAGGACUCUUGAAAACUAGGCACAUCUUUCUACACAUGUGCCUUCUCCCUGAUCUUAUGCAAAUGGAAAGCUAUUUUGCCACUGUGAUGCUUCUGCAAAGUUUUCUUUACUUUCAAAUAGAAGGGUCAGUUUUCUUCAGUACAUAAGUCUUGCACUUAUAAACAAUCAGUACCCCCAGUGUGUAUGUUGCAUCUUGUCAACUUUGUAGUGAAGAGCCACAGCGUUAAGCAUUAUUGUUUGAUGGCUGUGUAGCUUUUCUUUACUCUGAGUAAAAUAUUUGUGGAUGAUUUUCGUUGAAUAAAUAGUCAUGGAAAAUGACAUUCCUUUUCUAAUGUGAAUAUCAUUUCAUGAUUUGUAUAACUUGGCAUGUAAAACCGGAAUAGUCAAUUUGCUCACACUGAGCACUGUUGUCAUUUCCAUACUGCUUUUCUGAGGUUAAAUAAUGCACUGUGUAUAAAAUUAGACUUUUAGCUGUGAACCUUUCUAAAAAGCACUUGGAAAACGUUCCAUGCUUCUCCUACCCACACAGAAAAAUAUUCAUGAUUUUCCAAUUCUUUUGUAAAUAUGAUAAUUUAAAAAAUAACUAGUGGUGUGUUUCUUUUUCAGCUUUAUCCUGGGUUUCUGCUUUAUGUGGUAUAUUUCUUUUAGUUGCUAUUGCAUGUAAUUUUAGCAUUCUUAGAUCAGUAAAUCUGUAACUCACCAAUGUAGUUCCAUGCAUUUGAUGUACAGCUACCUCAAACUCAAACUGAUUUGGAGAUUUCAUGUGUGGUUUACAGUGAUCAGAAAACACAGAUUUAUGUACUGCAUACUUAAUUGUUGGUACAACCUAUGCUUCAAAUGUUUUUGCUAGCAUUAUCACUGAAAAUUCUGUAUUCUGCGAUGCAAAAGAUGAUUACCAUGGUGCUUACCUUGUGCAUGAAUGGAUGUGUGCGCUGAAUGAGCGGGAGAAUUCUAUAUCAUUUAUUUGGCUGAUAUAUAUUCCUUUCAAGCCCUCUAUCAAAAGCAUGUUGAAAUCAUAUAUUACUAAGAUCAGUAUAGAGUUUUAAUCACUCUAAUUUUUUUUUGUAAAAUCACCCCUUAUCUUUCUUGUUGAAAUAGAAGCUGAUACAGAGGCCUGCACUUCCAAUACAGUCGUAUCCAAAAUACCAAUUAUACUAACGUGUUUUUCCUCAGUAAAGUAUAUGACAUGUUCAAAACUCCAAUUUUGAAGGUGCAGCUAGCUGCAAUAGUAUGUGUCUUUUUAGAUUUAUUAUACUU